UUGUUAACUGAACCAAUUCUUUGUUCUUCCGACCCUAACUUGGACUACACUGUGCCUAAACGAUUCAACAAUGCACGCAAGGUGAGGCAACCUGCCAAAAGGGCAAAUACAACGGAUAUAAAACGUGAACAUCCCUGUACACAGUAUUCUAACGCUGGAGUUCAUAGCACCAUACAACCGAAAAUACAACUAAACCAUUAUGAUGAAACUGUGUUCAUUUCUCUUCUGGCUGCAGUAAACUGCGCUACACUUGACCAUCUCUUGGGAUAUAACGCAGGCGGCGCCGGAGCCGCGCCUUUCCGUUUUGAAAAUGUCAACAACGGGGACGGGUCUUAUCGCUUUAGCUAUGAUACUCCGAAUGGAAUCUCCGCGCGUGAGAGUGGUGCCCCUAGAGCCCCAGGUCCCGAGGGCCCUGCAGUGACAGCCGAGGGGGCCUUUUCAUAUCGGGCUCCCGAUGGCCAGCAGAUCUCUCUAACAUACACAGCUGACGAAAAUGGCUUCCAUCCAUCGGGCGCCCAUCUUCCAACGCCACCCCCUAUACCAGAAGCUAUCUUGCGCUCUCUCGAGUACAACAGACAAAACCCAUCGUAA